AUGGCCACCUCACGACUGAUCACGUCCUUUAAAUGCCUCACCUUUGACUGCUAUGGCACCCUCGUCGACUGGGAGGGUGGCAUCUACAAGGCCCUCGAGCCCCUGACCCGGCAGCUGGACAGCUCGCACCCGUUGCAUUCGGAUCGUUUGGCUACGCUCAAGGCCUUCAUCCGAAACGAAGGCAUCAUCCAGCGCGCGCAACCCACUGCCCCGUACCAAAUCGUGCUGGCCGAAGCCUACGGUGCGCUGGCCGCCGAGCUCGGCGUCCGGACCUCGGCCGAGGACAAGGCGCGCUUCGGCGCCGGCGUGGGCGACUGGCCCGUCUACGCCGACACGGUCGAGGCCCUCCGGCGCCUGCAUCGUCACUUCAAGCUCGUAAUCCUCUCCAACGUCGACAGGGGCUCGUUUGAGAGGACGCUCGCCAAGCAGCUGGCGGGCAUCGAGUUUGACGCCAUCUACACGGCCGAAGAGAUUGGCUCCUACAAGCCCAACCUUCGCAACUUUGAGUACCUUGUCGAGCACUGCCGUCGAGACCUCGGCGUCGACCGGGACGGCAUCAUCCACACGGCGCAGUCGCUUCACCACGAUCACGUGCCGGCCAAGGACAUGGCCCUCGCGAGCGCCUGGAUCGAGCGCGGCGGAGAGGUAGAGAGCGUGAUGGGGGGGGAUCCAAAAGACUACGAAGGCCGCGUCGCAUACUCGUGGCACUACAGGACGAUGGGGGAGAUGGCCGACGCUGUCGAUGCCGUGGCGGUGACUGCUUGA